GGGCCGCGUCGCUUUUCUUGCGGAGGAGAGAGAGCGAGGGAGAGCGGGGCAGCGGCGGCCGAGGACACGGAGACCGAGACCGAGAGGGAGAGCGAGGCCUCGCGGGGAGAAAGGGCACCGAAACACCGCUGUAUCGCCCAGCUGUCGCCCUGGGUCUGGUUUUGGAUCGAUAAGGUGGAGGUCAGGCGCGUUUCCCUGCGUUUUCAGCGCGAUUACAGACUGAUCUAGAGGAGAAUCGAUCGUUGUGAUCGGAGCUGAUCAACAUCUGAUCAGAAUAAGAGGCUGGAAAACUCUUUGUGCGGAUCGAAGCCCGGAGUGGAGGAUCUACAGCGAUCUGGAUCGAGUCGCCCCAGCCUGUGGCUUCAUUUGUACCCAGGACAGCUUGUCCCACUCAGGAGCCGCCGGGAUCCGGAUAGAGAGCUAGAGAGCGAGAGAGCGAGCGAGAGGAAGAGGAGGAGUGAGAAAGGAAGAGGGAGAGAGAGGAGUGUUACAGAGAGGCCGUGGUCUCUGGAAUGCCUUGCUCACAAUGCAGCCGUUGAGCAACCAGUCAACUUCAGGAGCCCAGGAGGGCUGUGAUUGGCCGUUGGCCGUGUGUGGGUGGAGCUCGAGGAUAGACUUUAACUGUGCAUUGGGUUGUUCAACAAGACCCCACCCACUGCACUGACACUCCGCCCCUUGGCCUUUGUCCUCUGCCUGUGGGAAUGCUGUUGGUGGAUUGGUGGGACAGCGUAGGAGAUGGCCAUACUUGGGGCCUAGGGUCAGGGUCAAAGGGCAGGGGUGGGUCAGCAGUGUGGGGAUCACAGGUCGAUGUGGACGAGCCUAAAUACAACCGAGGAACAACAGGCGCAUGUGCUGUGCAAAGCAUUAUGGGAAACGUAGUGCACCACUCCUAGAGCAGACCUCUGGGAUCUGAGAUCUUCCAGCUUCCGGAGCCUGUUUUCCUUCACAGGCUCGUUUUUACUGUGUAGAACAACACAGAACUCUCUAGAACUUUUGAAAUAUUAAAUUAUCGCACAACGUCUCGCUUUUUUUAACCAAUCAGAGCGCGCAGAGCAGCAGCAUGCGCCACAUCCACGUGGAGCUGGUGCGAAAGGAGCCGGCGCAGGCCGGGACCGACCCCGGGCUGCAGGGAGCGGGGCCUCGGCCCUUCAGCCAGGAUGAGCUGCGGCUGCAGAAGGUCUACCAGCUGUCCAUCUUCUCUCAGAGGGGGGGCUUCGGGGAGAGCCGGGCAUCUCUCAGGCCGGGCAUGAAGCGCCCCCUGCAGGACGAGGAGGAGGACGGCGGUGACGAUGAUGAAGAGGAGGGGGAGGUGUUGUGUGGGGCGGGUCCUGUGACGGAUCCGCUCUACCUGAGAGAUAUGGAGACGCCGAGGUCGCCAAAGUCACCAAGGUCGCCGAGGUCACCUGCCCUCUCCCCCACGCAUGCACACGCCCCCCCGGUGCCAGGCCGAAAACCCACCCAGCGCAACACCGACCGCCCCGUCCCGGAUGCCUUCGCCCCCCUGUCGCCCAAAUCACCACCCAUGCUGGACCCCCACUCGCCCUGGGGCAGCCGACUGUGUCACAGGCGUAACUCUGAAGAGGCACAGCCGAGCAGUGCGUGUCACAAGCGCCCCCUUCUGGAUGAAGAGUCAGAGGGCGAUAAAGAACUCGAUGGGGAUUUUUCAAGAGAUUCAGAGACGUGCCGGUCGCCCCGUUCACCACGCUCACCCCGCUCCCCGUCCCUGUCCCCCACCCACCCACAUACCCACCCGGUCCUGGGCCGAAGACCCGCCCAGCGCACCCUGGACUGCCCUGUCCCGGACGCUUUUGCCCCCCUGUCCCCUAAAUCACCCCCCAUGCUGGACCCCAUGCAGUCCCCGCCCCACGCAGUGCCCUCCCCCCGGACUCAGGCGUCCACCGCUGGAGGCGACCCGCCGUGCCCUGUGGACGGGUCCAGAGACGAGGGCUGCAGUACCAGCGUCCUGCCAGUAGAGGCCCUGUUGAGCUCUUCAUGUAAUCUGGAGCUUCAGGGAGCUUUACGGCCGCCGCUGACUCCGGCUGAGGCUGUCCAAUGGGCAGCCAGUAUUGAGUCAUCCCCGCCCCCUCCGGACAGGAAGUCUCCAAGCUCAUCUUUACCCCCUUCCUGGUCUAACGGGACAAGUCCAUCAGAUAAAACAUCCGAUCCCCCCCGGGCGAUUCUGGGGGUGAAGAAGAAGCUGCUGUCCUCCAGUGAUACUGGAGAGUCGUGUUCGGAGGACGAGGGCCCGUCCACGUCCAAGCGAAGCCGCAUGGCCCUGCUGACGCCCGGCCUGGGGCUGGCCGCCGGACGCAGCACCGACUCCAAGGCCGCCCCCUACUGGACACACCUGCUGCCCGCGGCACGAGAGCAGGGCAAGAGCUCCACAGAGUGCUCUCGCUCGUCCAGGAGACUGAAGGCUGGAUCUCGCCUCAAAUCUCGUCAGCUGCGGAGCGGCCGCCGGACCGACACCAGCCGGACCUGUUCCGGAUCAUCCCUGGCCUCCAUCAGCAGAGCUCUGCUCGGAAACUUUGAGGAGUCGAUCCUGAAGGGCCGUUUCUCUCCGUCGGGGAGGAUAGAGGGAUUCACGGCUGAAAUUGGAGCGAGCGGCUCGUACUGCCCUCAACACGCCACUUUACCUGUGCAGGUGACUUACUACGACACGUCCGAGCACAGCGCCCCCUCGCCUUUCCUGGGUGUGAUCUCCCUGGAGCCGCUGGGAAAGAAAGGCUAUAGCGUACCCAAAGCAGGGACCAUUCAAGUGACCUUAUUCAACCCUAAUAAAACUGUGGUGAAGAUGUUCCUGGUGACCUACAACUUCGGGGACAUGCCUGUCAAUCACAUGACCUUCCUGCGCCAUCGCAUCUUCCUGGUGCCUGUGGAGGAAGGGGAGGGGUCAGGGGAGGGGCCAGAGAGCUCCGCCCCUGACCGGAAGAAGAUCCUUUGCUACCUGAUACACCUGAGAUUCCAGAGCUCUAAAUCUGGAAAGAUUUACUUGCACAACGAUAUCCGGCUGCUAUUCUCCCGCAAAUCCAUUGAGGUGGACACAGGGAUUCCUUAUGAGCUGAAAUCUUUCACCGAGGUGCCAAGAAACCCCAAAUACUCCCCGCGAGUGUGACCCUCCCCCCACCCUUUCCCACUAGAAUAAAAAAUCCACCAUGCAAAAAGAGAGAGAGAGAGUGAUGGGCGCAGAAGGACAGAGUGAUAAAACCAGACUUUUAGGACGGACAGAACCACACACACUUGAAAGACUGAUCUAACGCACACAGAACACACGCGAGUAUCACGCUGUCUGACUGACGGACUCUCUGAUAUGAGGGUGUAACAUGCAUGCCUUGUGACUAAAGAGUUUUCCUCUAGUGCCGUUAUUCACUUUGCCCUUCAGUCUGCCUGCACCGGUCAUGGCUAAUCAGACGCCAGCACCUAUAGGACCUCGUCUGCGUGGAACUGGUCGGAUUGCUGCCCUUUGUUCGGCCAAUAGGAGUGCAGGAAUGGAGGAGUGGAGGAGUGGAGGACGGACAGUUGAGAAGAUGAAGUGUGGAGCUAAGAGUUGUAGGUUUGAGAGAUGAAGUUGAGGGUCUGGGAUUAGAGCAGAUCUGGCUGCAGAAAAAUGAGCUUCUAGAUUAGGGGUUCUUAACCUUUCUCACUUUUUAGGGGUCAAGCUGCUUCUCCAUCAGCAGCCGGAGUCUGAGAGAGAGUAUAGUAGGUCAUACUACUUCUCCAGUAGCAUGUAGUAGCAGUACUCCUUAAUUAAUUACAAUUGAUGACAGUUUGAGGCUAACUUUGAAAAUAGACAGAAAAUGGGUGUACAUUUUUUUUUCAUUUACUAAAAAAUGUAAUAAUGAAUCUUCUAGUGAAUUUCAGAUUUUUCCCUUUUUUCAUCUGAUGAUAUAAUUCAAUUUACUUUUUUUUCACAUAAAAAUACAGUAUAAUAAUAAGUAUUUUAAUGCAUUUAUAAUGAAUGCCAAAGUGAAUAUUACCCAACAAUAUAACUUAAAAUGUAAAUCUCAUAUACAUAGAAGCAUUUAGUAAGUGUACAGGGCAGAAUAUGAGCUGUAAAAUGCAUUUCUGGGCCUCCAGCUUGUUAGUAGAGGGUAGUUUGUUGUAUAUUUGCAUAAAGGAAAAAUUAUUACAUAUUGUACCUUUAAAGUUUGGUUGUGAGGUGCAGAAAUAAAGAAAAACUAAACAGGAAAAAUGGAUGAAAAUCAUACUAAAUAGAAAAAAAAAAUUUUACACCCAAUUUUUUUAUUUUUAUUUAGCGUAAAAUGGUCUAAUUCAAUGAAAAGUCUGAAUCUGAUCCUUCAUAGAGUCCCCUUGGAAGUUGCAACCCCCAGGUUAAGAACCCCUGCUCUAGACCAGGUUAGCAUAGGCUAAUCACCUGUUAUGCUAAUUAUAUUAGCUGGCCAGUUUGUUUACAGAGCAGUUUAGAGAAGGAACACCAUCAGUUUUAAGCCUAAAGGACAAAGAACGUUCCAGAAAGAAGGAAAGCAGCCGGAAGAUUGAGAAAGAGAUAAGAUUCCUCCACUGGAGCGUCGCUAUAUCGAGCCGAUACAGCAGAGAGAGGGGGGGUGGAGGAGGGUAGUAAACAGUGUGUGUAAGCAGAGGGGAGGGCACUGAUAUUUUAAAGUAAUUUAAUAAUUCUGUUAUAAACAGGUCGACUCGGGAGCUAUAAAACGCUACAAAACCGUGGUUUAAGUGCUAAUCAGGAGCACAGUGCACUGCAACAACAACACACACUUUCAAACAAGAGAUUUCC